AUGCGCCGCGCUAGAUUCAGCAACAGCUGUGGCUUCAGGCGGCCUAAGCGGUCGGGGUCAAUGCCCACUCGUAUUUUCAACAUGUGCCGACGUUUUCCGCGUUCCACGGAAAGCGCUCGCCUGUCAUCCCUUCGGGGGCCUUCGGGACUCUUCGGCCGCGCUCGUGCCCACUUCGUUCGGCUCCCAAGUUCGGCCGGCAAGCAGCGGCACGCUAAAUACCGACGUUUCGGUCCGUACCGCUUCACCUCCGGUAUCAGCGGCCCAAUUUCAGAAAUUGCCCACUCGAAAAAGCCGCCGAGGGCCGGGAAAACUGGUCGCGAAGCGCACCUGGCGAGCGAGCGAGAGGGGAACAGCCGCGACUCCCGUGACGUCACUCCGCCGGGACACGUCGCUCCCGCACUUUCG